AUGAAGCUACUUCUCUCCGUGGCUCUGUGCUUUGCACAUCUUGUUGCAGGCCUUACACCCAGUGAAUGGCGCAGCCAGUCCAUCUACUUCCUUCUGACAGACCGCUUCGGCCGUGAAGACAACUCCACCACGGCUGCGUGUGAUGUCAGUGAUCGAGUCUACUGUGGGGGAAGUUGGCAGGGAAUCAUUAAUCAUCUGGAUUACAUCCAAGGAAUGGGUUUUACUGCAAUCUGGAUCACGCCGGUUACUGAGCAACUGUCACAAGACACCGGAGACGGAGAAGCCUAUCAUGGAUACUGGCAGCAGAAGAUCUACGAUGUGAACACCAAUUAUGGCACCGCAGAUGACCUCCUUGCUCUGUCACAGGCGCUGCAUGACCGUGGAAUGUAUCUUAUGGUAGAUGUUGUGGCGAAUCACAUGGGAUACGACGGAGCGGGAAACACUGUUGACUACAGUGCCUUUGAUCCCUUCGACUCUUCAUCAUAUUUCCACUCGUACUGUCUUAUCAGUAAUUACGAUAAUCAAACCAACGUUGAGGACUGUUGGCUCGGUGACACUACAGUAUCUCUCCCAGACCUCAAUACGGAAUUGUCCUCUGUCCAGACAAUCUGGUACGGGUGGAUUGCAGAUUUAGUCUCAAAUUAUUCCAUUGACGGACUGCGCAUUGACACCGUGAAGCACGUUCAAGAGUCUUUCUGGCCCGGUUACAAUGAUGCUGCAGGUGUAUACUGUGUCGGAGAGGUCCUUGAUGGGGACCCGGCAUAUACUUGCCCAUAUCAGAACUAUCUCGAUGGUGUUCUAAAUUACCCAAUCUACUACCAACUACUCUACGCUUUCGAGUCUCCAAGUGGGAGCAUCAGCGGCCUUUAUGAUAUGAUCAGCUCGGUAGCUGCAGACUGUGCUGACCCAACUCUGCUUGGAAACUUCAUCGAAAAUCAUGACAAUCCACGAUUUGCAUCUUACACGGAUGACUAUUCUCAAGCGAAGAACGUCAUAUCCUUUGUGUUCUUGUCGGAUGGUAUUCCCAUCAUUUAUGCGGGACAAGAGCAACACUACAGUGGAGGCAAUGAUCCCUAUAACCGCGAAGCCACUUGGCUGUCGGGGUAUUCGACUACUGCUGAGCUCUAUGAGUUUACCGCAACCACAAACAAAAUCCGCAGUCUUGCGAUAUCUUCGGAUGCUUCCUAUAUCACGUCCAAGAAUGAUCCGUUCUACACUGACAGUAAUACACUAGCUAUGAAAAAGGGUUCAAGCGGCUCGCAAGUCAUAACAGUUCUUUCAAAUUACGGCUCUUCGGGCAGCUCGUAUACUCUGACUCUAGGUGGUAGCGGAUAUGCCUCGGGAACCGAACUUAUGGAAAUGUACACUUGCACUUCCGUAACCGUUGACUCGAGCGGCGAUAUUGCAGUUCCCAUGGCUUCAGGCCUGCCUCGGGUUUAUAUGCUAGCGUCUUCUGCCACCGGCAGUGGACCCUGUGCGUCCGGAUCAACGACUAGUGCCAUCUCGACCACGACCACGACCACGACAACAACGACAGCAACCAGUUCAUCAACUUCAACCAGCACUUGCACACAGGCCACUGUUCUGCCAGUCCUUUUCAAGGAAAUUGUGACUACCGUCUAUGGAGAAAGUAUCUACGUUUCAGGCUCAAUCAGCGAACUAGGUGAUUGGAAUACCGAUGAUGCUGUCGCUCUCUCUGCAGACGAGUACACAUCUUCCAACCAUCUAUGGUACGUUGAGGUGACACUUCCGGUCGGGACUUCCUUUGAAUAUAAGUUCAUCGACAAAGACGGGUCCUCGGUGACAUGGGAGAGUGACCCGAACCGGUCAUAUACAGUGCCAACGGGCUGUUCAGGAACUACAGCAACUGUAACCGCCACAUGGAGAUAA